ACAUAGUUCGAACCGUUUACACAGCUAACAUUAAGUGUUUCAGUAUGGGAAACAACAAGAACUCCUAUCACCACUGAUGGCAACGUUAGGAUAGAACUAAAAAAAUCUUUAUUUUGCAAAUGAAGCUGGCGCUUUUACAAGCUAGAAGAACAGUAGUGUGUUCUAUUUCAUUUUGCCGCGGAAUGUCUCAGAGUAUGACCGAUUACCGAAGAAAAUGCCAAAGAAAACCAAAAAUACGCGCCAUGGGAAUAUAGAUUCGAUUGCAUGUAUUCUCUUAUCGAAUUUAUGUUCAUUCGACAAAUUCGAAUUUAGCAAGAUAUUUUGUUGAGGAAAAAGUUCACUUUUUCUUGCUUUGUUUCGCGCCCGACAUUUUCCGCCUAAACAAAGCUGUCUCGGUCACCAUAUUGUUUAUUCACAUCGGUGUACAUCAGCCCGUAAGAGCCGUCAGGAUGGAGUUAUAUUUAAUCGAACAGAUCUGACGUGGCUGCAAGCAAUCGUGGUUGACUUUUGUGAAUUUUUUGAAUUACCCCGAUGGCCCCUCCACGUUCUCGCAGUCAAAGAUGAACACCACCUGUGAGAACUAAGUAACCGAGCCCAUGUACGAUUUUUUCAAUGCGCACAAGUUACCGAACGAGACCACUGUCAUACCGACCAACAGCGUACUUUCAGUCAAAUCGAAUCAUCGAUGUAAGCAACUAAACAAGGAAAAACGUCGAAUCAAAUGAUGCUUGUCGUAGUGCAUUUGCGAUUACUCCGAAUGCUUCUGCUAUCUCCGCUGCUAACCUCAGAAGGGGUGUACCUUUGGUAACAAGUCGACGAAAUAUUGCUUACUUUGGUCACAGCUGAUUAGCAAGAGGCUGCUUGAUGGGGGAAUGUUUUCCCAAUAUUUAUUGUAUUCACAGCGGCAACAAUAACCUCAUCAGACUGAUGAGCAGGCAACAAAACGUUGUUUCCAGGAAAAUCAAAAUCAAGGAAAAGUAAUAAUCAGCGGUGUCGUCAGCUUCGUAGCUCUCGCCAACAUUAAGUCAGCUUCAUUCAGGCAUUGGUGAGUUGAUACCUGGUUGGAGUAUACGAUCCAGAAGCCUCAUUAAAAGCAAGCAUCGGCCAUUUGCCGAUCCCGAAAGCCGGAGUUUAAUAAACUCCAAACCACGAACUAACACACUGUAUUACUCAGCUAAAAGCAUUUCUUCGGAAGAAAUAUCAAUAACAUAAACCUAACAUCUGUGUAGUUAGAAGCAAUCGAGGUGGGUUUUACCAGUUGUGAGUGACUAGCAUCGUUCUAUGCAGUUGAAAACCGUGUGCGAGUGACGCCUUGCAACAGCGGAUACCGAUUUGCCCUGAUCCUUAUCGUUGCUGUCGUGUAUUACUGACAAACUGUGCGAGUAUUUUGUUCGAUAGCUUUGUAAAACGCAGUCUCUACUCAUAGCGGUCAAAUGGUGCCGAGUGCUGGACGAAGAGGUUGGUACCGUUUCUACUGUUGAAUUUUGAUCAGUCGAUAGCAGCUGCAGGCAAUUAGUGAUUAUUGCCGCCACCGCUCCAGCUGUUCAGCCGCUACGUCUAGUUUGUGCGUGGUGACUAACACCAACAACAAGAAUAAUAAUAACGACAACUGCGUCAGCAACCGAUGUAAAUUUACAGCAAGCACGACGUCGAUUCUGACGACACUAGCGUCUCUAGCGGUGUGUUUAUAAAAACGAAAUAUGUUCAAGAAGCUACUAAACAAACUGGGCGAGGAUGUCCGUCAGAGUAAUCUGAACGCCGGGAGCCUUGGACAAUUCAUCGGACAGGAUGACACCGGCGGGACAUCUGGGGGGCUCCCCACAGCCGCAGAUGUCAGCCACAGCCCACAAGGUAUCACUGUCACCGAAGAAUGUUCUCUUGUCGGAGAUUCCCUCUUGGGCGAGCAGAAAGACAAAGACCAACAACCACAACAGCAACCGCAAUCUUCAGGACCUGUCAGUGGUCCUUUGCCCCGACAAAGGACCGUCAGUUCGUCAUCGCAGUCCAGCGAGCCUGCGGUCCUUCCUAUCCAAAAUUCGCCGGAUCGACCGAGGUAUAUUCUUCAGUCAGAUACAGAGAGCGAAGCUGAAGGUCCUGUAAUGGUUGACCUGAGUCGUGUCACAAAGGAAGAGAUUUACGCCGUUGUUCAGCGCAGCAAACAGAAAGUUGAACGAUAUAAAAAUAAAUACAAUGAGGCUGUUCGGGCUUACCGUAAUCUUAACGAAGAAAAGGAUAAAAUUCAGAAGGUCCUGACGGAUACACAAGAUAAGUCGUUACGACGAAUAAAUGAGCUGCGCGAACAAGCCGAUCUCGAGCAGAAGGCUAAGGCACAUCUGGAAGAGAACCUACGCCUGAUUAUGGACGAGAAAGAUGAGAAAAUUAAGGUCUUGCGAACCAAAAUUGACUUACUGUCCAACAGCGACGAGGUUGUCAAACCGUUUAAGGAACAGGUGCGCCAGUUGAACCUAGACCUGCAAAAUAAGGAAGCCGACGUAAUUAUGGCCAAGGAGCUGAGAAGUCGAGCAGAAAAAGAACUAAGAACGGUAAAGGCCACAAUUGAAGAGAAGGACAAACAAAUUCAAAAACUUCAACAGCUGGGAGUAAAAAAAGUGAUCACUGACGAGACAAAAAUACUAAGCAUCCAAGAUGAGGAGCUCAAGAAGCUAAAAUCGUUAAUUCAAGACAAAGAUAAGGAGCUUCAGGAGCUCCGUACAAAGUGUGUUACCUUGACGGAACAGAGUAAAUCAUUUCGUGCAGGCCAACUCUGCAAUGGUGAAAAGAUAGUAGACGACCGCGCCAAGAUUCUUACGGUAGAGAACUGGGAAGAAAGAAUGCGUGCGAGUGAAAAGAAGCUGUCACAGAAGGAAAACGAAUUGAGGAAGAUUGCACGCAAAAUGCACCAAUUAAAGCUUAUGGUCAUCACCGAAGAGGUCGAGGAGGAGGAAAAUAUUUCGUCGAGCGAUGAGGGCCUCGCCAAAAAAAUCGAGGGUAGCGUUGACCAGUUGCUCAAUGAGAAGCAUCAACUGCAGAAGACUAUCGAUGAUCUGCAACGGCAAUGUACUAAGCACGAGGAUCAGAUGCAAAAGCUACGGAAUCAACUAACGGAACUAACAGAAAGCGCAACCGAAGACCGAAACAAAAUGGCAUCUAAUCUCGAUGAGGUUACAAAGGAAAAAGAGAACCUUCGUAGUCGUUUGGAAGAGGAACUAAAUAAGGCGAAUCUGGUCGCCCAGGAAAGGAACGAGUCUAACCGGUUAGCUGAGAACCUUGCUAAAGAGAAGACCUUACUAGAAGAGAAACUAAAACAGACUGAUAAACGCAGUGCAGAACUAGACGCAAGAAGUGAGGAAUUGUUAAAUGAGGUUAGCGAGCUACAAAAGAAGGUGAGCAUUGCUCAUGCGGAAAGCGAGCAUAAAGAAAAAUGCGUGCUCAAUCUUGAAAAGCAGUUAGAAGGAUUACGCCAGGAGAAAAGUUCCCUUGAGGAACAAUUAAAUGAAUUGAGACAACAGGACAGCAACAAUUUGGUACAGCAUAUGAUUCACCUGGAUUCACCGAAUGACGGAGGAGCUACCGGCGACUCCAUGGAUGAUGGCACAAUUAAAGGGAGUGAGCUUAUACGAAAGCGAUUAACCGAGUCGGAAGAGAGAUGCAUGACACUCAGUGAGAAACUAGAGAAUUUUAGUGCCUUAACCGAAUCUAAUAUAAAGGAAGAGACCAACGACAUGAGAAAGGCCGAUUCGAAGCUAGCUAGGUUAGAAGAAACGAGAGCUAUGCUGGAGGCUAAAGUCAAAGGAAACUCCAUCGCCAUUGGCUCGACACAAGCCAUCGUAGAAACCCUUCACUCCCAAGCUGAGGGUCUUGGAGCACCAUUAUUCCAUAAGCAAACUGAAACGGCUAGACUCUCAAAACAACUACAGGAUCUGAGCAACGAAAAUGAAUGUUUAUGUGCAGCAAGCUUCACCGAACAUUCAGAGUCGCAGAAGUUACGUGACCAAUGCAACGAACUUCAGGUGAAACUAGAGGAGCUAGAAAGUGUGCUACAAUCUACCAGGGCUAAAGCGACAGCCGAUAUUGACCAACUUUCACAGGAUAAAGCUUCUGAAGUUAACGAACUGACAAAACAAAUCGCUUCACUUGAAGCAGCAUUGACCACCGAACGGGAGCAGUUAGCAGAGGUGCUCCGCAAGCAUGAAACUAUUAAAUGUAAAAGUGAAGAGGUACGAAGCCAGUAUGCUCAGGCUCAAGCACGAAUUGCGCAGAUGGAGAUGCAACUAGUGGAGGUCCGAUCCGAAGCAACCAAAACGAGUGAAUCGAAGAGUAUACUAGAAAGAGAGCUGAGGGCUAAGCUAUCGCGGAAGGAGCAGGAAGUCGAAGCAGCUACUUUCCGAUGGGACACAGCAGCAAAAGAGAAGAACUCCCUAGAGACGCGACUUCUUGAGCAGGAAAACGAUUUCGAGACUGAGAGAGGGAGGCUCAACCAGGAAAUUCGUUCAUUAGGGGCAAAGGUGGAUCAGCUGGAGGGUCAAUUAAAGGACACCCCCGAGGAAGCUCUUCGAAGCGAGCUCGCAUCCCAAGUAGCAGAAUUAAGCGAAGUUCGUGCCAAAGCACAAGCAGCCCAUGAGGAUGUCGAGCAAAUGCGGCGCGCUGUUGAAAUGAAAAGUCAGGAACUUAUUAAGGUUGUAGAUGAAUUGGCCAGUAGGGAGCGACUACAAAAGGAAGCUGAAGGUCGAAUCUUAAAAUUGGAGGCUCAAUAUGCUGAGCGAGUACGCACCAUUGAAGCGAAACAUUUAGAGGUCGAAGAGUUACUCCGACAGACGGCCAAGGAGCGUGAUGUCUUCAAAGAGAACGAAGAUAGGCUUGACAAAAUGUAUCGACAGUUAGAGGGCCAGCUUAGACAGGUGGAGCAUGAAGGUAAACUGCGCAUAGCCAACGUAGAAGCUCUGCUCAUCGUCGAGAAGGACAAACUGGCGAAGAGCGAAGAAGCCCGAACUCGCCUUGAGAGCAGCAAGGCUAAGCUUGAGGCGACCCUCAAAAACGCAAAGGAUCGCAUAAACACUCUUGAAGCUUGCCAGACCCAGCUGGAGCAGCAGUUAGCCGAAAAACGGCUUGAAUGUGAAAGUUGGCAGGAAAGUCUGAAGACCGGCGACGAACGAAACACUAAAGUGCGCCAAGAACUCAAGGAAGCUUUGGCCACAAUUCAGGAUUUGAGCAAACAGAUCCCGGCAUCCGAAGAGCGUGUCCGCGAGGAGUACGCGGCGCGUAUCGAGUUAAUGGAGAGUGCCAAUUACGAAUUACAGAGUCGACUUAACGACAUUGCCAAGGAACUAGAGUCCUGUCAACAGGAUCUUGGCAACACCCGUUCUGAGCUUAUCACCGUAAAGGAAUCUCCUGUACAGCAAGAAAAUCUGCAGUUGCGGCAGAGCCUUCGAGCAGCCGAAGAUGAGCGUGAACGCUUGGCAAGGGAUGCUGAGAAAAAUCGAGAAGAACUCGAUAGAGCUACAAAACGUGCCGAGCUACUUGGAAAGGAAGCUAAAGCUUUAAGAGACUGUAAUGGCGACGAAAUUGAUACUCUUCGCGAGCAAAUGGACGAGUACAAGAACCAGUCGAUUUUAGCACAAGAGCGGUGUGAUAAACUGCAGCGAGAAGUUGAUUCUCUAAGGAAACAGUUAGACGACAAAGAUAAAGAUGACGGCUGGAACAGCCACAUGGGUGCAUGGGGCAACGAGGAAGUUGAGUGGUCGCAAGCGGAUGGUGUCGAGGUUAAUGUAUCUGCCGAAGGCGGAUCAAGUGGAGCCAACCCGACUCAUCCCCCUGAUGAGGGGGCACCCGCGGUACUUGAAGUUGCUGUCGAGGAGAGCCAGACAGGUCCCCCUAAGUGCAUCCAACCUGCGGAAAACUACGACAGUGUUGACUUUCUCCGAAUGCAGAUCGCCAAACAGCACGAUGAAAUACGUGACCUCAAAGCGUUGCUGGGUCUACAUUCGCGUGGAGGUCUUAUUAAGGAUAUGCCCGGGCCCACAGAGUAUGAGUACCUUAAAAAUAUUAUGUUCAGCUUUAUGAUGGGGAAAGAGACGCAGACCUUGUGCAAGGUGAUUGCUGCAGUGCUCCGUUUCUCGCGCGAGGAAACUCGCCUCGUCACGGAGCGGCACGAGUCCCUCCACAAGGUGCAUGCGUUGUACGGCAAUCACCUGACAGCAUCGUCGUCACACGGUUCGCACAUAACCCACCACCAGGCCCAUGGUGGUUCUUAUCACAGGCCACCUCACUGAUAGCGAAAAGAGCAUAAGCAAAGCCGGCCAAAAUGUACUAAGGCCGAGAGUAAGUUCUGUCCAAUCGUUGAUUGCCUAAAGGCACCUGUGCACAGGGGAAUACUCGCGAUGUAUCGUGAUAUCUACGCGGGGCGGCUUCGUACUGGAAAAUCAGUGAACUGAAAACCAGUUGAACUAUGGUCAUAACGCUAUCAAAAGAUUAGAUGGAUGGGCAACAAGAGGCACAUACGUUAAGACGCAGCGAUUAGGUAAAUAUUCUCCAGAUGUAGAGUUUGUAUUUAUAUCAAGCCAAUAUUAAAACGGUAAUAUUUAAAAUGAUGAAAUUAAGUAGGAAAAAUCAAGGAAAAUGCUGAUUGUAUUUCACAGUUAACUUACUCUCAAGGCGGGGUAAAACGAAAUAGGGUUUUGCAGAAAAGCUAUGCUAGGUUCAGCGGUAAAGCUUGAACAAGUGAUAUGAAAAGGUCUGUAUGAACUUGUUGAGUUAAAGCAGAAGUCCAUGAUUGGUAUUUUGCUACACAACAUAGAAUGCCUGAUGCGGUUAUUUAUGUAGGUUUUUAAUGCAAUCCCAUAUAGCAGCUAUUAAAACUAGGCUAUGAAACAAAUGCUUGGUAGCUCAAUUUUUCAUGUCCACUAACCCGCUGCUAAAGGCAAUGACCCAGACGUGUCGAUGCAUGAAACAUAAUUCAGCUCCGAUUGGCGUAAGGCUACUAAACACUAGUAAAUCAAUGAUUCUAUAUUGGCAUCGUCUGGUCCUCACGGUUCGAUAAAUUACAGUACUAGUCAAUUUGAAUGUAUUUAAUAUGCAUUGUUGCACGUUAUUAUUAACGGACAAUGUAGAUGUUUCUACCUAACGUCGAGCGAUACUUAGUUGUGCAGUUUUGUUAAAACAUUACAGAAAGACAAAGAAAUAUCGACUAGCAUAUCGUUUCUCGCUGUGUCCCGACUUCAAGCAUCCCAAAAUAAUUAACACCUCGGUGGCUCCCUCAAGUCUCGUAAACUAUUUUUACGUAUUGAUUGAUAUACCAAUCUUUGACGAGACUCUUUCGCCCACUAUGGGUGCUGUAAUGGAUCGUGAGUACCACAAGAAAUAGACGAAAAUUAUCAUGGUUUUGUCUAUUUAUUGCCCCUGACGAAGAGGAAAAAUCUGAAGCUGACUUGGUCAAAACGCAUGGCAUUUUUAUCCGUCCCAUGAAGAAAAAGGCACAACCCCUAUAAAACGGUUACGAAAUGGCACAAUUCAAAGAAGACGAAUAAACUACUAUACUGUAAAUUCCGAUAAUUUUGCGCAACGACGUUUGCUAUAGACUUGAAGUGACAGAAUGAAUGAAGGAAUCUAAGAGAGUGCGCGAAACAGCUUAAUUGAGAUACUUGUACAUAUAUAAUAUAUAUAAAUGCAGAAAAUUGGUACAGUUUAAGCUGCAUAGUAUGCUUUUAGAAUUAAUGAAGAUGAAGAUUCGACGAAUUAUGCAGUUUAAGCGCACGCACUUUCAUUUUGUAACGAUACACAGCGCAAAAACACUAACCAUUAAAAAAAAAUUAGUAAUUAUACUAAUAGCAAUCUUACGUAUUUACUUAAGUAAACAAUGGUUUAUCAUGAUAUCGUCUUUGUUCUAGCAAAAAAAUAUCUUACUAGACUUUAACAACUGUUAUUCUUGUUAGAUCUUAUUAUGACGAUGGCAUUGUUCUAAUUAAGGUAGUAACUGUAACAGUUUUUGGCGAUUCGAAAUAGACAACAAUAUCCUAAAAUCGCAGCACGAAAAUGAAUGCUCUAAAAGGGGAAGCUACUUUGUAAAUGUACACGACUUUAUUGGUGGAUAACAGGUUUAGGUAGAGCGGUAAUUAACCGUGGAUACAGUUUGCUUGUCCGAAGUUUACUCAGAAUCUAAGAUAUAACUAUACAUCGAUGGUAAUACUUGAAGAUGCUUGCGUCACCUUUUGUUGAAGUGUAUUUGCGCGUAAGCAGUCGACCUGAUACUAAUCAUUGAAACAAAUAAAGCUGGUGGCCAAAAAAGUGGCAGUAAUUUUUAAGUGGAAAAGCAAUUGUCAGUUUCGUUUGCGGCGUCCAUAAUUGUAAAUAUGCUUCCUGACACAAUCUUUGAAUCUAAUCGGAAAGAGCCAAGGAUCAUUGAUUGAGGCUUUGGGAGGCAGUUUGGUUUGCGUAAAAAAAUGAAGCUGAAUUAAAAACGAAAUCACAAACUGGUUUGUCAGAUGAGAUGCCGCUUUGUGUAGUAAACGGGUUUAGUUUAGAUGUGUUUGUAUCAACACGCCUUUAAGGGAAUUGGGGACACGUUACAUUUUCAUUAGACGGUGUAUUUAUUUACGAAUUCAUUUGGCUUAUUAGUUUUACAUAAAGUAUCUGCCGUAAUUAGUAAUUUUACGGCACACUCAAAGCCAAAAACAAGUCUUCACUCGAUGCCCUUUCAUUAAUAUGUAUAUGUCUCUUUGGGUAAAAAUAAGUCUCGUAUAAAAAUAAACCAAGAAAAACAAUAUUAAUGUAAUCGGAUGCGUUUAUAAUUUGUGCUAUCUAUUAGGUAGACACGGGAAUCAACAAUGAAUGAA